CAAAUCUCUAUAUCUUUCUAUCUCUAUAUCUAUCUCUACGACAUUGUAAUCUCAUCUAUUAUUCUCUUUCUCUGAAACUUUAUAUAUAUAUAUUUCUCGCUUUCUGUAAAGAAAAAUUAAAGAUAUAUACUUUUGGGGAAUUGAAAAUAUAGACGGAGAUAAGAAAAUAUUUAUUCUGGUUGUAAACUCUAGGAUUUGAUAUUUGGAGUUUUGAAGAUUGAAGAUUUUAUUACUUUGUUGAUGAUCUGAGAUCGAAUCGGUGUUCUGAGAGAGGGCAAAGCGAUAUCUGUUUUUGUUUUUUCUUGCGCCAAUGGCGAGUGGGUACCCAGCUGCUGUCAGUGCUGCUCAGGUUGGUUCAUACUUCGUUGGACAGUACUAUCAGGUUCUUCAACAGAAACCUGAUUUUGCUCACCAGUUCUACACAGAUGCAAGCACGAUGAUUCGGGUUGAUGGGGAUUCGAGUGAGUCUGCUUCGGCUAUGUUGCAAAUUCAUUCGCUUAUCAUGUCUUUAAAUUUUACCGGAAUUGAGAUCAAAACAAUAAAUUCUCUUGAAUCUUGGACUGGAGGUGUUCUUGUGGUGGUUUCGGGUUCUGUUAAAGCCAAGGAUUUUGGUGGCAGGAGGAAGUUUGUGCAGACUUUUUUGCUUGCACCUCAGGAGAAGGGUUACUUUGUUCUGAACGACAUCUUUCACUUAAUUAAUGAGGAUGUAGUACACCAACAUACAGUGCCUAUAUUUUCAGAAAGCAAAAUUGACCCGCAGCUACCGACCUCAAUUCCUAUUCCAGAGCCGCCAGCAGUUUCCGACUAUGGCUUAGAGGCUGAGGCCAGUGAGUUUGUGAACUCAGUUCAUAUAGACGAGGAUGAUCCAGUUGAUGAAUACAGUUAUGAAGAGCAGCUGCAACAUCAACAUCAACAUCAACAUCAACAUCAACAUCAACAGCAACAGCAACUGCAACAACAGCAGCAACAGGAAAGUCCAGAAACUGACACAGUGUUGGAGGAAACUCCUGCGGAGGAUUCAGCUGAUUUUCUUCAAAAUGUGGUGGAAGUUGUGCCAGACUCUUCACAUUCUGUUGAGGAACCUGUCGGAGAGCCUCCAAAAUUUACUUAUGCAUCUAUACUGCGAGCUCCUAAAGGGCAAUCUGUUCCACCAGUGGUUCCUCGUCCAUCUUUUACUAAGAGCAUCCCACCUCCUUCAGAGUGGCAUCAUGUACAGCCUGCUGCUCAGCAGUCAAAGAGCGUGCCUGAGUCUAGUUUCGAGGCAGUAGAGGAAAAUCCAUCAUUAGAAGAAGGUGAAUUGAAAUCUGUCUAUGUGAGGAACUUGCCCUCUAGCAUUUCUGCUGCUGAUAUUGAACAAGAGUUUAAGACCUUUGGGAGAAUCAUGCCUGAUGGUGUGUUCAUCAGGAACAGAAAGGACAUUGGUGUGUGCUAUGCCUUUGUCGAGUUUGAAGAUCUCCAGGCUGUUCAAAAUGCAAUCAAGGCAUCUCCAUUACAGUUGGCUGGAAAGCAAGUCUAUAUAGAGGAGAGGAGAGCAAACAGCAGUGGUGCUUCCCGAGGUGGUGGCAGAAGGGGAAGAGGCAGAGCAAGUUACCAAUCUGAGGCUCCCAGAGGUCGUUUUGGUGGUCGGAGUUUUGGCAGGGGUGGCAAUCAAGAUGGGGGUGACUUCAACAAAUUUGGAGGCAAUGGUUUCGGUGGUUUACAAUGAAAGGGUCAUUGGAAGCAGAGUCACAUCACAACAUAGAAUUUUGGGCUGAUAGUGUUCCACUGCCCACAGUUUCAUCCAUGUUUUCAUGGAAACAUGUUUUCUUGGUUUGUGUCCUGUUUUGCAUGGAUGCUUGUGAGAGACAUGUUUAUUCUAUUUUGUUCUGUGGUUUCAGGUAUGCUUUUUUCCCCAUUGAUUUAUAUCUUUUCAUUCAAGAGGGAAUACUUGUCAGAUUUUUGAGUGAGAUAUUAUAAGAAAAGUCAUGAAAUUCUGGUUU